UAUUAAUAAAUAUUAAAGUUAUAAUAUAUGAUAUUAUAUUAAUAAAUUUUUGUUAUUUAAUUUGAGUUAAGAACCUUUAAAUACCGAUUCGUGGAUACAAAUUAACGCGAUUUUUAUUAAUUAAUUUGAUUUGAAUUCAAUUACGACGCGUACCCAUAAACGGAAGUAGUAUCUUACACGCACGAGCAUUGAAAUCUAAUUUAAAUAGCAACGUCAUCGAUGGUUCGUGUCGUGAUGUCUAAUGACGUGAAGCAAUAUCGGCGCCACUAACUUCUGAAUCGGUAGUCCCGUCGUUGGUUGGUCGGGUCGUAUAUGGAAUUGACCGUCUCUCUCUCUCUAAUCUGACUGUGGCCGGCUCUUGCCGAGUAACUCGUUCGGCAACCGAGGCGCCAAGGAUGUGGUUUUCCAGGUGUUCCAGCCAACGGCGGUAUUCAGCCACCAAAAGAGUUAUAUCACGUGGGGGAAACGGUUACGUAUUUUUGUGAAGACGAUUCCGUCAUAAUGGGUUCUUCCCUCCGAGACUGCAGAAUCGACGGAAGAUGGUCAGACGAAAUACCCGUUUGCACCACUCCGUUACAUCCUUUGGGGUCACCUCUAGCUGCGCAAUAUCAUUUACAGCACCGUCCUCAAUUAGCUAUAGAUGGAGAUAAAAACACUUGCACCCGUAUAAAACCUCGUAUGACGCGUUGGUGGAGAGUCAGUCUGAACGACUAUCACACGGUUCAGGCAAUUGCCGUUACUAUGCCGGAUACAGCAGUCAAACAUAAAUUUAUCCUUUAUGUCAUCUUUAAAAAUAGCACCAGUUUGGUCUACUUGAAAUGUGCCACGUUCGAAGGAGUCUUCGUGUCGCAGACUCUUCUCCUCUCUUGCGCCGAGGAACUGAGAGGAAAUAUAAUUCAUAUAGAAGACACUAGAAGGGUACGACAAGAAUUUGAGUUAUGCGAAAUUGAAAUUUACGUAAAACGAGAUAAAUAUAAAUGUGGAGAGCCGGACAGACACGUUGGUUCGCACGUGGCAAAAAUAUCACCGGGUCGCGCUCAUUACAGUUGUUCGUCCGGAUUCAUGUUAAAUGGAGCGAGAGAGAGAGUGUGUAUGCCCAAUGGACAAUGGUCCGAAAGUGCACCAAAAUGUUUGGAAACAAACUGUUCAAUUCCACCGCCCAUUUUACACGGAAAAGUUGACAUUUUCGCGGUACAAUCGGGACAUCCAUCAUCCGGAAAUUUAGUUUUAUAUUCGUGCAAUGUGGGUUAUAUGCUUUCUGGAAAUUCGACAAGAAUGUGCGAAAACGACGGAACGUGGAGUGGAAAAGCUCCAACUUGCCACCCGAUUUAUUGUGGAAAACCUGAAAUAGACGAUGAUGAUUUGGAUUAUACGCUGGUAAAUGGUACUACUACUUACGGAAGUUUAGCAGAGGUGUAUUGCAAAAAUAACGAUGCCAUAGAUUACACCAUUAGUUGCCAAGAUGAUGGAAAAUGGAGCGAGUUGGUAGAGUUGAACUGCACUUACGGAAGCGCAGCAGUUAUGCAGUCGUUUAAACCGGAAUUGCAAUUCACAGAAAGCAUUCUGAUUGCUCUUGUGUUUGCCGGAAUAGCCAUUGCCAUCGUGACAGUUUCUCUUAUAGUGUGGCAAAGAAAAGAUCCGACAACAAUGACGGAAAUUGAUCCUCCAGGACCAAAAGAAGUCAUCAGUUCCGAACCCGUGUCCACCGAUCGUCAACCUGUUUUGGAACCGCCCCUCAUCACUUCGACCAAGGAUGCGGAGGAAGCGUGCAAAUCUGCGGAAGAAGUGCCCAAAAGACUGAAUGAUGCAUGGUCCGCGUACGAUAGGCCCAAUAUGAAAGUGCGUAGUUUGCCACUGCCACCCAGCAGGAAAAGUUCUGCGGCAGGUUCGAAAGAGAAUAUUUACGAAGAGAUAGCAUUGUGGGCGAGGAGGGCUAUGUCCGUGGGAGACACUACAGAAGAGGACAAGAGCUCGGGUAGGAACACUUCCAAAUCUACAAAUGCCGAAUUGUUGGCACUCUACGCAAAAGUGGACUUUGAGAAGAAGAGGAAGUCGCGACAGAUGAAAGAACGAUCCAAUGAUGAUAAGCCUGAAGGGGGACCUGCAAUCAUCAAUGAUUCCCAACCAUUUUUAUUAAGAGAACUUCCGCCGAUUCCGACAGAAGAAUCAUCUUCGGAAGAGUUAAGUGAGACAAUAUCCAUCGAUAUAAAUAGAACUUCACACGAAAGCAAAUACAAUUUGACUCACGAUAAACAUUCCGAAGGGACUUCUUCGUCAGAAUAAAGGUCGUGUGAUAUCGUCCUGCCAAAUUUGUAAAUUCGUAUUCAUUAUCUUUUUUAAUCCCUGCGUACAUUCAUUUAUUUAAUUGGAUUAAAAGAAACGUCGGGUCAUCUGAAUGGUUAGAGGAACGAUUCAUUUUCGCUGAAAUUAAAAUGCAAUCCGUUAUACAAUUAAAAAAGGAUGUAAACAGUUUUAAAUUAUAAGCGAUUUAAGGCUCAAUUAUAAAACACAAGACAAUUUGUCCAGAGAAAAUUUGACGUGAUUCAGGUAAUUAGUAAAAUUCGCUUUAUUUAUAAAAAUUCAAUUUAAAAUUUAAUGAGAUUACUCUAGAGAAUUGCUUAAGAAUUAAUCCGUAUUUUAAGUAUGAAGUCUUAUAUUAUUCUGAGUAAAACCAGGUGUUUUUUAAACAAAUACUGUAUUCCCUCUCCACUCAAAUAUUAUAGAAUUCGUCCUUUGUAUAUUGACACAAAUGAGAAAUUCUAAAUUAGACAAACAUUUCGGUCUGUCUCUGGAAAUAUUUUAAUUCCUGUAUUAUUUAUUUUUAAAAAACCUUUAUUUUAAAUAUUACUUUUAAUAUUACUUCCAACUUUUAAACGUGAAAGAAAUCGUUUUCAUGGCGAUUUUACUGGACCAUUAUUUUAAUUCGAUCGUUGAAAAUAACGCUGGGAAAAGAUAGUCUAGACAAAAAAGAUUUACUGAAAUUACACUGAUUUAUGAAAAAUUUCAUAUUUCA